AUGCGCGACCGCGAGGUCGUGGAGUGUCUGCUCGGGACGGAGCAGUGGCUACGCGAGCUGAACCGUCCGUUGGCGUCGUCGGUCGUCGACGGCAGCGCCAAUUUUGGCGCAUCAUCAUUGCUCAGUGGGUUUCCGCCGUGCGUGGAGGGCGACGCAGUGAGAAGUGCUUACCGUAGUGCCCUCUCGGAACUGCGCCUACUCGUGCUUGGCGUCUUGAACACAAUGCCAUGGUGGCGCGUCGUCGAGGCGGUGGCGGGCAACCCGGCAGCGGCGCAGACGCGCGGAUCACGCACGGCUAGCGCCGGCGGCGGCGAUCACAGCGGCAGCGAAGCUGGAGGUGCACGGGUAGCAGCGCGCCACGCUAGCGGUCGGGAUCGUUCCGUGGCAGCGCUCCACGUCAUCACGCGUUGGCACGUGCGACUCCAAAUUGCCUUCGAGCGGGUGUGUCUGGUAUUGAUUGAUCAGUCGCAGCAAACCGUGCGCGGCGUUCUCGAGGUGCUGCUGAAACCAUGUCAACUGCGCCCACCCGUGCGCGACGGCGCGCGGCGUUCCAUCCCGAGCGACAGCUUCAUCCGCGUCCUGAACGCGGUGGCGGCCAAGUACAGCCCCAACUAUGUUGUGGAGUUGCUCGAGGGCUGCAUUGCCGACUUUAUGCCGCGGCGGCGGUGGGCGGAACGACGGCACCACGUGGCGUGUACCGCUGUGUUGCUGUACUUGGCACUGGAGGGGCACACCCCAGCGUACCAUCCACGCCUCGGCAACAGCCAAAGCUUGCAGCGCGCGGUGGGACUUUUAAAGUCGCUGCGCUCGCGGCACGUCGAUGGAAGAGGUGAUCUGAGCGGCUCUCCGUGGCUGCUGCCGCCCGCCACGGGCUCCUACUCCUUGACCCUCCCAGGAGGCACGUCAGAGGAGAGCGGAACCGACCUGGGAGGGUUAUCCUCUCCGAUGUCGGCAAGGCAGCAGUGCCACCACGCCUCACUGUCGUCGAUGCUUCCAACGACCGGCGUGCUUCCGUCAGGCUACGUGAGCGCGACGCUCUUGGAGGGGGCAAGGGCUGGCGAGGUGUCGCUGCGACAGCCGACUCUGCCACAUCCAUCUCCACUUGGAGACAGCUCGUCCUUGAUGGAUACCACCACGACGGCGAGUGACACAGAACUGAGCGACGGCGGCGCGCGUGGCGGCGGUCGCGCGAGGUCGGCCGUGAGCGACGGUCUCACGGGUGGCCCAUCUGGACGCUACGUCAGAGCCGCCUUUGCUGGCGGUGGUGGUGGUAGCGACAGCUCAGCGGCAGCAGCGGCCCGCAGGAAGGGUAGAUCUGGUGGAGGGGUAGCUGGCCAGCUCAGCAGCGAGGGCGGCAGGGGCGUAGCUGUUGUGCCUGGUACGGCAGUAGCAGCCGGCGCGCCAAGCUUUCUCGAUGUAACGGUAGAGCACAACAACAAGCUCCUGUCGUACCGGAACGACAUUGUGCGCGUGCUGCUGAACCGGCUGCUGGAUGUAGAGUUGACGCUAGAGCCGAGAGAUGCAGAGGAACAGCAGGGCGGAUGGUCACGUCUCGGGGGCAUGUACGGGCUCGGCGGCGGCGGCCCAUCCUGCGCGAUGUCGCUGACGUCGCGCCAGGCGUCUGUCCGCGGCAGCCCGUUCGGCUCUCCAGCGACGCCCGGGCCGGGGAGCCCGUCAGCCCUCCUUUCAGUGUCGGCAUCGUUGCUUCCGGGUGGGAGUGCCGGUGGUUCGGUCAGUGCCUUCCCCAGCACCCCGAUCACUGCUGCAGACGCGGGCACGUCACGACCAACCGCGACUGCGUCCUCUGGCCGCAGCAGUCCUGCAUCCUUCUCGCCCACCGCAUUUCUCCUUCCACGGUCGGACUCGCUUGGCCUCAUUGCUGGCACUGGCCUUGCUGACUGGAGUUCUGCGGCCGCCUCGCCCGGUGCCUCGCUGGCCUCAGCGCAGCCCCUCGAGCGUUUCUUCAACACACUGUCGCAGCCCUAUCUCCGCAUUCUGCGCGACUGCGCAACGCUCGUGUACGGGCGACUGGCGGAUGACCUCCGUCGUCAGCAGAUCGCCGGUUCGUGCGGAAACGCUGAUUGGUGGAUGGACAUUGUGGCCUUCUAUUUAGCCGUCGUGACGCGGGUGGAUCGGCCAGUGUACUUGCUGUACCUCGCCCCUAGUCUGUCAAUGCUUGGGACGGAGGAUGAGCCCGUAGGGCUGCUGCACAAGCUCAUCACUCUUGUUAUCAAAGGUAGCAUGCCAGUGGAGCAACCCCGCAGCAGCAGCAACAUGAGUGGCGCCUUUUCCCGCUCGUCUGCGAUGUGGACGUCAUCGGCGACGGCAUCUGUCUUCAGCGCUUCGUCUUUGCCUCUUUCGACGGUUCCUGCGCAGCCGGUGCGUCUGCGCAUGGCGCCCCCGACGGGUGCCAGUCGUCGGGUCGUUACAAUGGAAGAGCGCCUGCGUGCGGCUCGUCACAUCUUUCCACUCUUUCGCUUUCUGCAUAGCCGCAUUGACGAGACCAGUGGGGAGGGCGUGCGGCGCCGGCUGCUGAAGUGGACUGCACAGGAGCUGCGCCGGCUUGGCGGUUCCUCCGCCUCGGCUAUGGGGAGCAGCGGUGGGCCAGGCGGAAAUGUGUAUACGCGCAGCCGUCUGCUGCCCUCGCGAGAAACGCGUCUAGCCCUCGUCACCUUCGCGCAGUGCGCGGCGAUAUCAGAGUUGAUGGGGGUGGAUGUGGUGCCGCAGCUCAGCAGCGCCGGCAAGGCGGCCCGCGACUCUUCUCGGUUUACGUCGAGCACCGCCUAUGGAGAUACCUCUGACGGCAUUGCGGCCGCCUUGGAGCCUUUCCUAAACCGAUACACGUUGCAGAGUGAGCCGCCGGCAGAUGAUGGGGAUAAUGAGAACAGCAACUGCUCAGCACCUUCGUCGUCUGCAUCUCUGUCGGAAUCAUCGUCACUGCCAUUGGCGUCGGCGUCUUUCUCGAUGCGUCAUCCGGAGGAGGCCAGGCUGAAGGCAUCCGGAAAGUCCGCAGCGACUGCUGCCGCAGGGGCACCGUCUGUGACUCCAUGUGACACGGAGCACAGCCAGCGCCGUCGUCCUAUCGACCUUCGACAAAUGGAGUUUGAGGGGUUGCUGCAGCCGAGGUUGAUGGCGUGCUGCCCAUGGCAGGCGUGGUUGAGUUGA